UCUUUCUUAUUAGUUUUAUUUACUUUUGUUUGGUGAUAUUUGUUACCGACUUUCGAAAAAUAGGAGAUUCUUAAUUCGUUUUUCUCAAUUCAUUGGGUGGUGUGGUGGUACAUUCUAUGGUUUUUUGGAUAAAUAUAGGAAUAUACUUUAAGACCUAAAUGAGUAACAGACACGAGUAUCUAGGUGGUCAGUAUGUUAGUUAUAAAUCAGUCAUAAUCAGUGUUGGGCUGAUGACGUCGAUAUUACGAGAGUUGCGAUUCAGUUGCAGCUUAAUAAUGGAUUUGAGUGUGGGUAAAUGACAUCUGUUGGUAAAAAAAUAAAAAAGCACGUCACGCAUUUAUUCACGAAGGAGUAGGCAGAGGUACAACUAGGGCACCCACUAUUCGCCUGUGUUUUGUCCCAUGUGACGGGAACGAACCUAUCGCCACACCGUGCACAAAUUCUUGACUCCGUGUUGAUACUUAGUAGAACAACCCAAUAUCACUGCUUGACCCGGGAAUUGAAACUGGAACAUCAGAGCCUUGUCGUACAGCGCACGCAAUACAACUACGCCACCGAGGGUAGUAUUUUUUUAUCAACAACUUAUUUAAUGAUACCCUCAUGAUACUCACUAUUUGUAUACUAUUUUUUGAAUGUCAUCGGCUUAUUACCGAUCAUUUACUUGUGUAUGAAGUUUCUAAUUAUAACUUAUCUUGUAAUACUCUUUAGUGUCAUCUAAAGAUUUGGCGAAAAAUCUAUUUUAUUACAGAACAGAAAACGAUAUUCAUUUUGUCUUUGACGUCUCAUAUUUUUUUUGAGUAUUUAUUUCUAUUUUGCAAUAAAAUUCAUGUUUUCAUAUAAAUGAGACGAUCCAUUGGACUUUUUCAUUUUGUUUCAAAAACGGUGACCAGGACCUGGUCACUCCUGAAACAUGUGUCGAACAGUACACGCGCUCUUACAAACAGCAAUAUGUGGCAUACAAAUGUUGGUCCGGGUCUUCAUGACCGUCAUUCUCAUGAUUGAGAACGUCAUUAGAAUGGUCCUGCAGACGAUGUACAACUUCAUAUCGUUUAUACUGCAGAUGAUAUCGCUCAUACCGAUAUGCGUGGUGUUCCUACUCACUGCGCGCCUAAAAUGCUUCAUGUGCGGGGGAGGUGGUCCCUGCCCGGUCAACAGAGGCGGGACGUGUGACUGUCUUAUGUCUGCUUUGGCUAUAGUCAUCCUCUUCUUCAUAUUCAGAGCAACAGGGGUACUAGACAAGAUCUUCUAUAGCCUCGGCUACACUAAAGCCAAGGUAUUAGCUCAUAGAUUCGUCCCCACGCCCGGCGAUAUCACCGAAUGUUCUAGAAACGAUACGGAAUAUGACUCUAACACUACUCCAGGAAGGCUGUUCCUUCGGGAUGACAUCGAGACGACAUCUAACAACAACUGGACAACAGUGCUUUACUAUUUUGCAUUAAAUUAAACAGCAAAAUUGCAAUGUAUCGUUCUUUGAUUAUGAUAAUUAUAUAAUAAUGAUUUAA